GCAUCUGGCGCCGAGGGGAAACAAGCCAUUGACGCGGCGAACGUUCGCUGGGCGCACGUCCUUGGCGCAUUUAGGAAAAAACAUUCAACGCCGGCAGACGCGGUCGGCGCGUUGUUCAUUGUUUAGGUCUCAGUGUAGUUAUUCGCGUGUCCCACUGGGCUCGUCGCCAGCAUGGACGCUCUGCUGGCAGCGCUCGUCGCGCUAAUGGCACUAGCUGCCGCGAUGGCCGCCGUGCUGAGCACGCUAUCCAAGGCGGCGAUUUUCGCCAUACUCGCGAUCGCACCUUGUGUUUAUCGAUACAGGAAGAAGAUUUAUGUGAUCGUGAAAACAUUACCAAGGGAUCUCAAGUUCCUAUGGCGGUACGCAAAUGCGAUGAUUCGUACGGCAAUAUAUGCACGAAACAACUGCUCUGUUGCGGAGUUGUUUACGAAGAGAGCCCUCAAACAGCCCGAUGCACCGUGCUUCUUUGUCGUCGACGAUCGCACAUGGACAUUCAGAGAGAUGGCAGAAAAAUCGAACCAAGUGGCUCGGGUAAUGCAGGAGAUGGGGCUGAAGCGUGGUGAUGUGGUGUGCAUCUUCAUGCCUAACUGUGCGGAAUAUGUUUACAUGUGGCUGGGUAUGGCCAAGUUGGGUGUGGUCUCUGCUCUCAUCAAUAGUAAUCUGCGACACAAACCUCUGUUACAUUGUAUCCAGGUCGCAAAAGCUAAAGCUAUUAUCUACUCUGAUUGUUUGGUUGGUGCCGUGGCCGAUAUAAAUGCGGACCUCCCAGCGGAUAUAAAGCAAUUUCAGUUAUAUGGCGACUGUGCACCAGGAGUCACCGAUAUGCGCUCUGAGAUGGAGAAGCAGUCUCCAGAUUAUCCAAUCGUGGUUGAUAAGCCUCAGUACAAUGAUACACUUCUAUACAUCUACACGUCAGGCACAACGGGAAUGCCAAAGGCAGCUGUCAUGAAGAACUCAAAGUACUUGAUUGUGGUGGUAGCAACAGUUCACAUGCUGGGUCUGAAAAGCAGUGACCGUAUGUACAACCCCCUACCGCUCUACCAUCUCGCUGGCGGGCUGGUAGGGACCGCGGCAGCUUUAGUUGAUGGUAUACCAUCGGUACUUCGGAGCAAGUUCUCAGCAUCCAAUUAUUGGAGUGAUUGUAUCAAGUACGAGUGUACGGUUUCUCAGUACAUCGGAGAGAUGUGCCGAUACCUGCUGGCCCAGCCUUCGAAGCCUACUGACACUCAGCACGGAGUGCGGAUUAUGGUUGGAAAUGGAAUGCGACCUGCCAUAUGGCAGCAGAUUGUUGACAGGUUCAAAGUACCGCAGAUAAAUGAGAUAUAUGGAGCGACCGAGGGCAAUGCAAACAUAAUUAACGUGGACAACACGGUGGGAGCGGUCGGUUUUCUCCCCAAGUUGAUACCCACCAAACUUCACCCUAUCGCACUGGUCAAGAUCGACGAGCUUGGAAAUGUUAUUCGUGGUCCAGAUGGUUAUUGCAUACGCUGUCAGCCCAAUGAACCAGGAAUGUUUAUUGGACUAAUUUCUCAACGCAACGCAGCCCGUGCGUACCACGGAUACGUUGAUAAGAGCGCCAGUAACAAGAAAGUAGAGACGGACGUCUUCAGCAAGGGUGACGCUGCGUUUGUGAGUGGUGACAUUCUGGUGGCUGACGACUAUGGCUACCUCUUCUUCCGGGACCGCACCGGGGACACAUACAAGUGGAAAGGCGAGAACGUAGCCACGGCUGAGGUGGAGGAUGCAUUAGGACCAGUUCUUGAUCGACGGGAUUGUGUUGUCUAUGGGGUUUCGAUACCCCAAACGGAGGGACGGGCCGGCAUGGCUGCCAUUGCGGACCCUGAGCGGACAUUGGAUCUGAGCAAAUUGGCUGCACAUCUCGAUCAUUCUCUGCCAUCUUUCGCACGACCACUGUUCCUGCGCCUCACCAAGGACAUUGAAAUCACUAGCACCUUUAAACUAAAGAAAUUGCAGUAUCAAAAGGAAGGUGUCGACCCGGACGUGAUCAAAGAUCCGCUGUACUUCCGCUCGGGCGCCGGCUUCGUGCCCAUCACCACUCCGCUCUUCAAUGACAUUUCCAACGGAAAGGUCAAACUCUAGGCACCAAUUGCAUUUUCGCUCAGCCCCAAGGGACGACGAUUAGAUAAUUUAGAAAUUUGUUGUGAUUUAUUUCGCUCUUUUGUUCGACAUUGUAAAAUUUGUCUGUGAUGUUUGAACGCGUUUUUAACGCGGGUUUAAUGACAUUGUCAAUGUCACUAUGUACAUUGUCAUUGUAUAGUGUGUUUGAGGUGAAUGUGGUGUUUUUGUCGCGCAAGUCGCAUUUCUUACAGAAAAUGUAAAAGUUUUUGCUGUAUUAUUUUAUACAUAAUAUUAUGUAGUUAUUAAUUUUAGCGGGUUCGGUGACGUAUGUUACGUUUUGAUUUUGGACAAUAAAUCCUGAGAGCUUAUGGGCAUUGAUGGUGGUAAAUGAAGAUAGAUCUCGCAUCGUAACAGUAAUAAUUGUAGUUUUGAUCAAUAGCUAAUUUAAUAUCGCUAGCACCAUAGGGAACAUUUGUAGGUAACAUUCCGAUUCUAGUCUAUUAGUGUUCCUAACGAUUCAUUUCUUACAGAUUUCAUCUUAAUAGUUUGGCACUAUGCUAGUUUGAAUUUUAUUGAACAGACAAUUGUGCCUUGCAACAAGGACCGCAAUGUUAUACAAACUGCUCUUUGAAAUUGUCAUGUAAAAUUGUAAAUAAAAUCUUUAAAGUAAA